AUUAUGACGCAUUUCCGGGUUGGCGCAUUUCACCACGUGAAAACAUUUGACAUUGAAGAAGCGAAAUAUAAGUUCAAAUCGAUUCUAAAUGCAGCCCCAAAAUGGCAGCUUCCGGUGUGCAGUUGUGUGUCAAACACACAUUUCUUCUUCCGCCCCUCAAGAAAGUGGCGACGACCACCUGCGCUCAAGUUCGUCACUGCCGCACAGUCCUAAGGCCACCGCAACUUCCAAACGUCACCGGGACGCCAACGAAACAUCACCAGCGACAACACAUCCGUUUUUACAGUGAUGUGCUUGCCAAACAUGAGGAAAAUAAGGAAGACGCAAACCAGUUAAUACACAUUAAGAACGCCGUGCCGCUAAAUGAAAGCCCCGCAUCAUUCGAUCUGGAUGCGGCCACUGGAUCGUACGCGCUGGAGGGGAUCAGCGAUGAAGAGGCUGUACGUCUAAUGCCUCGUCCGUCCAUACCUCCGGUCGCCGCCUCUCUUCGAGACUACGUCGAUCGGUCGGAGACGCUCGCCAAACUAGUGCAUCUCGGGGUGAACCUGUGGAAGCUGGAGGAGAGGCCCAACGUCGGCUCCAUGCUGCUCAGACUCAACUUCGAUGAAGACGUGGCUCCGAGGCUGCUCUUCCUCAAAGCCCUCGGCGUGGACGAAUCUCGUUUGGGCUUCGUCGUCACGCGGAACCCGUUUGUCCUCACGGAGGAUUUGCAAAACCUUCACGCCAGGGUGAACUAUCUGAUGUCCAAGAAGUUCACGUCCGAGAAUGUUGCGUCGAUGGUUUCCAGAGCUCCUUAUCUUCUCAACUUCAGCGUGAAGAGGCUGGACAACCGACUGGGUUUCUAUCAGCAGCAGCUGGGCCUCAGUGCAUCCAAUACCCGUAACAUUGUCACGCGUCUGCCCAGAUUAUUGUGCGGCAGUUUGGAGCCUGUUAAAGGAAAUCUAAAGAUGUGCGAAAUUGAGCUCGGCUUCAAGGCCAAUGAGAUCCAGCACAUCGUCUUGGCCGUCCCCAAAAUUCUGACGGCCAACAAGCGGAAGUUGACGCAAAUAUUCGACUUCCUCCACAACACCAUGAAGGUGCCGCAUCACCUGAUCGCCAAGUUCCCACAGGUCUUUAACACCAAGUUCCUGCGUAUGAGAGAGCGCCACCUGUUCCUGGAGUACCUGGGAAGGGCUCAGUAUAACCCGGAACAAGCCAACUACGUUUCCCUGGAACGUUUGGCGUCGUCUCCGGAUGAGACCUUUUGCACCGAGGUGGCUUUGGCCAUGCAGGAAGAUUUUUUCUUGUUCCAAAAGACACUUUAAACCGCUGUGAAGAAGCACGAGGACCAGGAAUAUGUAUUGAAACCAUUAAAGGACACAUGCUAUUCACAAUCUUAAA